AGGAGGGCGGUGCUGGGGGCACAGAGCUGGUGAGUCAGCUGCUGGCCAGCCGGGGGCAGGGCCCAUCAGAUGGGGAGGAUCCCUCACACCGCCCCCCCCAAACUCUCAGAGGGAAGGGAGCCGCCAGGACCCCUUCAAGGUCUUCAGUGGGCGUUUUUAAUGCUUCCUUUUCAAAGUGUCCAAAUCAGAAGUGACAGGGGUCCCCAGGGAGCCCCUGAGGUUCCCCCUAAGUGACCUGCCGCCAGCACAAGCCUUGGCCUCUUGCUGGCUCGGCCAAGGGCCCCAGCAUCCAGGGCCGACCAGAGACCAUGGUUUCCUCUGAGAGGCCUGUCCACCCUGGAAAGAGCAACGAAAAUCCCUCCUGGCGGCUCUCUGGAGCCACAGGGAGUGGUGUCUUCGCGCUCCGCCCUCCACCCCCCGAAAUGUUUCUGUUUCUAAUCCGAGCCUGGGCAGGAAUGUGGCUGUGCAGCCAGGCUCCAGGGAGCUAUUCUGGGGCUCCUCUGGCUCCCCCCGGCUUUGGCCAGUGGGUCACCCCUGGUCCUGGCUGCUGAGGGCCUCCGUUCCCGAUUCUCUCACCACCCCUUCCCCACCUCCUGCCAAAAAAAAAAAAAGUCAGUGUAAAACAGAGGGCCUGAGGGCUAAAUUUAAACCGUCCCAAAGUCUGAAUCCUUGGCUGAGUCACCCGUAAAGCUGCCCUGGCCUCCUGCCUCCCCUUCCCAGGCCUCACCCCUUUUUCUCCCCUCCCAGCUCCAGAGCUUGGGAGGGGUGUUACCAGAUCACUCUGAACCUCAAUUGGUCCCCUCCGGGGAAUGGGAGGGCUCAUCUCUGGCACGGGUCACACCUGUGCUGGGCCUUUUUUGUGGGGGCGGGGGGAGAGUUGGAGGGUUGAGAUUCUCCACCGCCUACCACCUCACGUUGGAGCUUUCCAAGGGGCCCGGGGAGGCGGGAGUAGGGGGGGCCCUGGGUUGUGAGGGGUUAAGGCCGGGAGGCUGGAGGGGGCCGGCCCGAGGGGUGGGGAGAAAGGGAGGAGGCCCUCGCAGCCAGCGGAGAGAAGUGGCCAGAGAGGCCCAGGGGACAGCCAGGGACAGGCAGACAUGCGGCCGGGGCCUCCACAGGGCCCUUCAGGCCCCACGAUGGGAGGACCCUGAGCCCCGGGCCCGGGGAGGGGGCCAUGGUGCUGCCUGCCCGACAUGUCAGCCGAGGUGCGGCUGAGGCGGCUCCAGCAGCUGGUGCUGGACCCCGGCUUCCUGGGGCUGGAGCCCCUGCUCGACCUUCUCCUGGGCGUCCACCAGGAGCUGGGUGCCUCCGACCUGGCCCAGGACAAGUAUGUGGCCGACUUCUUGGAGUGGGUGGAGCCCAUCGCGGCGAGGCUUAAGGAGGUCCGACUGCAGAGGGAGGACUUCGAGAUUUUGAAGGUGAUCGGACGCGGGGCGUUCAGCGAGGUGGCGGUGGUGAAGAUGAAGCAGACGGGCCAGGUGUACGCUAUGAAGAUCAUGAAUAAGUGGGACAUGCUGAAGAGAGGCGAGGUGUCGUGCUUCCGCGAAGAGAGGGACGUGUUGGUGAACGGGGACCAGCGUUGGAUCACGCAGCUGCACUUCGCCUUCCAGGACGAGAACUACCUGUACCUUGUCAUGGAGUACUACGUGGGCGGGGACCUGCUAACGCUGCUGAGCAAGUUUGGGGAGCGGAUCCCGGCCGAGAUGGCGCGCUUCUACCUGGCCGAGAUUGUCAUGGCCAUAGACUCGGUGCACCGGCUGGGCUACGUGCACAGGGACAUCAAACCGGACAACAUCCUGCUGGACCGCUGCGGCCAUAUCCGCCUGGCCGACUUCGGCUCCUGCCUCAAGUUGCGGUCGGAUGGAACGGUGCGGUCGCUGGUGGCUGUGGGCACUCCGGACUACUUGUCUCCCGAGAUCCUGCAGGCGGUGGGCGGCGGGCCGGGGACUGGCAGCUACGGGCCCGAGUGUGACUGGUGGGCGCUGGGCGUGUUCGCCUAUGAAAUGUUCUACGGGCAGACGCCCUUCUACGCCGACUCCACGGCCGAGACCUACGGCAAGAUCGUGCACUACAGGGAGCACCUCUGUCUCCCGCUGGCCGACACAGGAGUCCCCGAGGAGGCUCGCGACCUCAUCCAGCAGCUGCUGUGUCCCCCGGAGGUGCGCCUGGGCCGGAACGGAGCAGGGGAUUUCCGGAAGCAUCCUUUCUUCUUUGGCCUUGAAUGGGACAGCCUCCGAGACAGCGUUCCCCCUUUCACGCCAGAUUUCGAGGGUGCCACGGACACGUGCAACUUCGAUAUGGUGGAGGACGGGCUCACUGCCAUGGUGAGCGGGGGCGGGGUAGGUACCUGCGACCCCAGCUCUGCAGAAGGUACCCCGCACCUCCGCCAUAACACUGAGGAGACGCUGUCGGACAUGCAGGAAGGCAUGCCGCUGGGCGUCCACCUACCUUUCGUGGGCUACUCCUACUCCUGCAUGGCCCUCAGGGACGAUGAGACCCCGGGCUCCACACCCAUGGAACUGGAGGCCGAGCCAUUGCCUGAGCCCAGCCUGGAACCCACAGUGCCCCCACCAGAGGGAGCGGUUGAAGCGGCAGUUCCGGAGACCAUUCCGGAGGCGGUGGCAGAGCCGGAGGUGACGCUGCGGGAGCUCCAGGAGGCCCUGGAGGAGGAGGUGCUGACCCGGCAGAGCCUGAGCCAGGAGCUAGCGGCCAUCCAUAAGGCCAACCAGAACUUCGCCAGUCAACUCCGUGAGGCCCAGGCUCGGAACCGCGACCUGGAGGCGCACGUCCGGCAGCUGCAGGAGCGGAUGGAGUUGCUUCAGGCAGGGGGAGCCGCAGCUGUCACGGGGGUCCCCAGUCCCCGGGCUACGGAUCCACCUUCCCAUCUAGAUGGCCCCCCGGCCGUGGCUCUGGGCCAAUGCCCGCUGGUGGGGCCAGGCCCCAUGCACCGCCGCCACCUGCUGCUCCCUGCCAGGGUCCCUAGGCCUGACCUAUCGGAGGCGCGUUCCUUGCUCCUGUUCGCCGCUGCUCUGGCUGUUGCCGCCGCCCUGGGCUGCAUUGGGUUGGUGGCCUGCGCCGGCCAUCUCACCGCAGUCUGACCCCGCCCGGGAGCCGCCUUCUCCGCCUGAACCCUAGAACCCGAGCCUGUCCUACACUCGGGCUCUGCUGGAGGGUUGGGUUACCGAGGCAGGGCCCAGAAGCCCCUCCCAUCGCUUCCCAGUUCACAGCACUCCGAGCGUGGGUCUCCGCCCCAGCUUCAGCCCCGUGAUCCGGGCCCGCCCCCUGGCGGCCGGGGAGGGAGGAGCCGGGGCUGCGGCUCCAGGGAGGCUUGUAGCGGGGAGUGCUGCUGCUGCUGCUGCUGCUGCUGCUGGGGGGUGGGGAUCGCGGACCUCUUCCGCCUGCCUAGCUGAGGCCCCCGACGUGGAUGGGCAAGCUGCGACCUAGAUAAGGCAGCAGGGCCAGGGCUCAUCUGUUUCUCACCCUCCAGGCACCCCCACCCACAUUGGCUCGCAAACCACAAAUCCUCCUUGUGCAUGAGGCCCCGCCCCCUCAGGAAGGCUCUCUUUCCGCAGCGAAAGUCUAGCGCGAGCUCCGCCUGCUUUCUUGGGAAUCUUUGUUUUUGACAGCCCCGCUUUUUCGGGGAUUCUCGCGCCCUCCUCACGUGCGCUGCUCUCGGAGUCCAGCCGGCUCCGUCCGCCUCGGCAGUUUGGGUAUUUAUUGACCUUUUCUCUGACCCGCUGACAGGCUCCAGGACCCCAGCACCCUAAUCCACGUUUUGGAUGCACUGAGACCCCGACAUUCCUCGAUAUUUAUUGUCUUUCCCCACCUAGGACCCCCACCCCCGAUCCUCGCGAAUAAAAGGUCCUCCCGUCUGCCCAAAA